GAAGCGGGGGCGGCGCGCGCGCCGUGUCCCUCCGCGCGGGGCGGGCGCCCAGAUCCCUCCGCCGAGCCGGUGGCGGCGGGAGCGGCCGUGGCCAUGGCCCGCCGAGCGGGGCCCGCGCUCGCCGCGCUCCUCGCCCUGGUGCUGGCCGUGCUCCGCCGCGCCGAGCCCGCCGCCGCUCUGCAGUGUAUGGAUGACUCCAAGCCGUGUGUUAAUGAGGGAAAGUGCAUUCCAUAUCAAAAUGGUACAGGAUAUUGCAAGUGUCGAGAAGGCUUUCUUGGAGACUACUGCCAGUACAGAAACCCCUGCGAGAGCAAUACCUGUAAGAACGGGGGAACCUGUGAAGCUGCAUCCCUGAUAGGAAAACCAACCUGCAAGUGUGCUCCAGGAUUCACGGGGGAGGAAUGCCAGUACUCAGAAUCUCACCUCUGCUACGUGUCCCAGCCCUGCCUGAACGGCGCCACUUGUCACCCCCAGGGCCAGGACACGUACGAGUGCGUCUGUCUUCCAGGUUUCACAGGAAAGGAAUGCCAGUGGAUUGAUGCCUGCACAUCCCAGCCUUGUGCCAAUGGAAGUAUGUGCACCGUGUCUGGAAAUAAGUUCUCCUGCACCUGCCUGGCGGGCUACACCGGCCAGAGGUGCGAGACGGACGUGAACGAGUGCGCCACGCCGGGCCUGUGCCAGCACGGUGGCACCUGCGUCAACCUGCCCGGCUCCUACCGCUGCCAGUGCAAGCCGGGCUACACGGGCCCGCGCUGCGAGAGCGUCUACGUGCCCUGCUCGCCGUCCCCCUGCCUCAACGGGGGCACCUGCCACCAAACCAGCGACUUCACCUUCGAGUGCAACUGCCUGCCAGGUUUCGAGGGAAGCGUCUGCGGACACAACGUGGACGACUGCCCGAACCACAAGUGCCUGAACGGGGGCGUCUGUGUGGACGGGGUGAACACCUACAACUGCCGCUGCCCGCCCCAGUGGACAGGCCAGUUUUGCACCGAGGAUGUGGAUGAAUGCCAGCUCCAGCCCAAUGCCUGCCAGAACGGGGGCACCUGCACCAACCACAACGGGGGCUACGCCUGCGUCUGCGUCAACGGCUGGAGCGGGGACGACUGCAGCAAGAACAUCGACGACUGCUUCACUGCCUCCUGUGCCAACGGCUCCACCUGCAUCGACAGGGUGGCUUCCUUCUCCUGCAUCUGUCCAGAGGGGAAGGCAGGUCUUCUGUGCCACUUGGAUGAUGCCUGUGUUAGCAAUCCGUGCCAGAAAGGUGCUCUUUGUGACACCAACCCUGUGAAUGGAAACUACAUCUGCACCUGUCCCCAGGGCCAUAAGGGAGCAGACUGCACCGAGGAUGUGGAUGAAUGUGCAAUGGCAAACAGCAAUCCGUGCGAGCACGCCGGGAAAUGCGUCAACACCGAGGGCUCUUUCCACUGUGAGUGCCUGAAGGGCUACACAGGACCUCGCUGUGAGAUGGACAUCAACGAGUGCCACUCAAACCCGUGCCAGAACGAUGCCACCUGCCUGGAUAAAAUCGGAGGGUUCACGUGUCUCUGUAUGCCAGGUUUUAAAGGAGUUCACUGUGAGGAAGAUAUUGAUGAAUGCCUGAGUAAUCCCUGUGUGAACAAUGGAGUGUGUCUUGAUAAAGUCAACCGCUUCCUCUGUGUCUGUCCUCCUGGAUUCAGUGGGGCCGUGUGCCAGAUUGACAUAGACGACUGCUCCAGCACGCCGUGUCUCAACGGAGCCAAGUGCAUUGACCACCCCAAUGGCUACGAGUGCCAGUGUGCCACAGGUUUUACUGGCCUUCUGUGCGAGGAGAACAUCAACAACUGUGACCCUGAUCCCUGCCACCACGGGGAAUGCCAGGAUGGCAUUGAUUCAUACACGUGCAUCUGCAACCCUGGCUACAUGGGUGCCAUCUGCAGCGAGCAGAUCGACGAGUGCCACAGCAAUCCUUGCCUCCACCAAGGGCGCUGCAUCGACCUGGUCAAUGGCUACCAGUGCAACUGCUUGCUGGGCACCUCAGGAAUAAACUGUGAGAAUAACUUUGACGACUGUGCCAGUAACCCGUGCAUUCAUGGGGACUGUAUCGAUGGCAUUAAUCGCUACAACUGUGCCUGCAAACCUGGAUUUACAGGCCCCCGGUGCAACGUGGACAUCGACGAGUGCACGUCCAGCCCGUGCCACAACGGCGGCACGUGCAUCAACGAGGUGAACGGCUUCCGCUGCGUGUGCCCCGAGGGCUUCCACCACCCGCACUGCCAGCCCCAGGCCGACGGCUGCCUCAGCAGCCCCUGUGUGCACGGCAACUGCACACACACUGCCACCGGGUACAAGUGUGUCUGCGACCCAGGCUGGAUAGGAGAUUACUGUUCAACAGAAGGGAAUGAAUGUAAAUCAAACCCAUGCCAGAAUGGAGGAACUUGUGAGGAUCUGUUGAAUGGAUACAGAUGUGCCUGUAGGAAGGGAUUCAAAGGUGUGAACUGCCAGGUAGUGGUUUCUCCUUGUUCCCCUAAUCCUUGUGAGAACUCGGGAAUCUGCCAAGAAUCUCCUGACUCUGAAGGCUACACCUGCCAGUGUGCCCCUGGCUGGGAAGGGGAAAGAUGCACGGUGGAUAUUGAUGAGUGUCUCUCCAAGCCCUGCAAGAACCAUGCCCUGUGCCACAACAUCCAGGGCAGUUACCUGUGCGAGUGCCGGCCUGGCUUCACCGGAGGGGACUGCGACAGCAACAUCGACGACUGCCUGGCAAACCCCUGCCAGAACGGAGCCUCGUGCGUGGAUGGGAUAAACUCCUUCUCGUGCCUCUGCCUGCCCGGGUUUCACGGGGACAAGUGUCAGACAGACACCAACGAGUGUCUGAGCGAGCCCUGCAGGAACGGGGGCACCUGCACCCACUAUGUCAACAGCUACACCUGCAAGUGCCCGCCGGGCUUCGAGGGCACCAACUGCGAGAGCAACAUCGACGAGUGCACCGACAGCUCCUGUUUCAAUGGAGGCACUUGUGUGGAUGGAAUCAAUUCCUUCACCUGCCAGUGCCCCCUGGGCUUCACGGGCCCCUUCUGCCUGACAGAAAUCAACGAGUGUGACUCCCAUCCCUGCCUCAACAGGGGCACCUGUGUGGACAGCCUGGGCACUUACAGGUGUAUCUGUCCCUUGGGCUACACUGGCAAGAACUGCAAGUCUCUCGUGGAUCUGUGCAGCAAGUCUCCCUGUAAGAACAAGGGCACGUGUGUGCAGACUCUGGCCCAGACCCGGUGCGUGUGCCCGCCCAGCUGGACCGGCGCCUACUGCGACGUGCCCAACGUCUCGUGCCAGGUGGCAGCUUCACAGAGAGGAGUCCCCGUGGACCAGCUGUGCCAGCACUCUGGUCACUGCCUCAACGUGGGGAACACCCACCACUGCCAGUGCCAGGUGGGCUACACGGGCAGCUACUGCGAGGUGCAGCUGGAUGAGUGUGACUCCAGCCCCUGCCAGAACGGAGCCACCUGCCGGGACCACCUGGGCGGAUACCAGUGCGAGUGUGUGGCCGGGUACCAGGGGGUCAACUGCGAGUACGAGGUGGAUGAGUGCCAGUUCCAGCCCUGCCAGAACGGAGGGACCUGCAUCGACCUGGUCAAUCACUUCAAGUGCUCCUGCCCACCAGGAACUCGGGGCCGCCUCUGUGAGGAGAACGUGGAUGACUGCAUCUCGGACUCGGGGGUUCCCCGCUGCUUCAACGGGGGGCAGUGCAUUGACCAGAUCGGGGGCUACAGCUGCCUCUGUCCCCAGGGCUUCGCGGGAGAGCGCUGCGAGGGCGACAUCAACGAGUGCCUCUCCAACCCCUGCAACCCGCGCGGGAGCCUGGACUGCGUCCAGCUGACAAACGAUUACAGGUGCAUCUGCCGGAGUGCUUUCACUGGCCGUCACUGUGAGAGCGUCAUCGACGUGUGUCCCCGGAAGCCGUGCCAGAACGGCGGCACCUGCGCCGUGGCCAGCAACAUGCCCGAUGGCUUCAUCUGCCAGUGCCCCCCGGGUUAUUCUGGAGCAAAAUGUGAGUUCAACAGCCACAGUACCUGUGGACAAGUGAAAUGCAAGAAGGGGGAGCAGUGCAUCCAAACGUCUUCUGGUCCACGGUGCUAUUGCCCCAAGCUGUCUGUGGGAGAGGGAUGCCAGACACACCCAGGCUGUGCCAGUGCCCCCUGCCAGAAUGGGGGCAGCUGCCACCCUCAUUCUCAGCCUCCUUACUAUUACUGCCAGUGCCCUGUUCACACCCAGGGCAGCCACUGUGAGCAGCCUGUGACUUUCAGCCCGGAGCCCCGAAGAUGCCUGGAUUCCCAGUGUGCAGAGAAAGCCAGGGAUGGCUAUUGUGAUGAAGACUGUAACACCCAUGCGUGCCAGUGGGAUGGAGGCGACUGCUCCCUGACUGUGGAGGAUCCUUGGGCCAACUGCUCCUCCUCCCUGCCCUGCUGGAUGCUUUUCAAUGGACAGUGUGACGAGUUCUGCAACACGCCCGAGUGCCUGUUUGACAACUUUGAGUGUCAGCAGAAUAGCAGGACAUGCAAGUAUGACAAGUACUGCGCGGAUCACUACGCGGACGGGCGCUGCGACCAGGGCUGCAACAGCGAGGAGUGCGGCUGGGACGGCCUGGACUGCGCCGGCGACAAGGCCGAGAAGCUGGCGGAGGGCACCCUGAUCAUCGUGGUCCUGAUGCCCCCUGACGAGCUGCUGGAGGAUGUCCGCAGCUUCCUGCGCACCCUGGGGACGCUCCUGCACACCAAUCUGAGGAUUAAGCUGGACUCCCAGGGAAACCCCAUGGUGUUCCCGUACUACGGGGAGAAAUCGGCGGCGCGGAGCCGUCGGUCGCUCGUGGUGGUUCGCAAGCACAGAGAGCUGGAGCAAGAGGUCAUUGGCACCAAGGUGUUCCUGGAGAUCGACAACCGCCAGUGUGCAGAGGACUCAGAGCAAUGCUUUCACAACACAGAAGCUGCUGCAGCUCUCUUGGCUGCUCAGGCCAUCAAGGGCAUGCUGCCCUAUCCUUUUGUGUCUGUCCAAAGUGAGCCCUUGUUACCACCAAAGACCCAGCUGCUUUACCUGCUUGCUGUGGCAGCUUUGAUCAUCCUGCUGAUCCUUCUGCUGGGGGUGAUGAUGGCCAAGCGCAAGCGCAAGCACGGCUCCCUGUGGCUGCCAGAGGGCUUCAUCCUGCGCAGGGAUCCCAGCAACCACAAACGCAGAGAGCCCGUGGGGGAGGACGCUGUUGGACUCAAAAAUCUGUCAGUCCAGAUACCAGAGGGUAACCUGGCCGACCCUGGGACGACAGAGCACUGGGCAGGUGAUGGUGGACCUCAGCCAAAGAGAGCAAAGGCUGAGGACCAGGCCUUGCUGCCAGAAGGGGACGAGCAGAUUGACCAGCGCCAGUGGACACAGCAGCACCUGGAGGCAGCAGACGUCUGUGGCAGCACCUCCCUGGCCCUCACACCCCCCCAGGCCGAUCAAGAAGUGGAUGUUCUGGAUGUCAACGUCAGAGGGCCAGAUGGCUGCACUCCGCUGAUGCUGGCAUCUCUGCGUGCGGGCGGCUCCGACAUCAGCGAGGAUGACGAGGACGGGGAAGACUCCUCAGCAAACAUCAUCACGGAUCUGAUCUACCAGGGGGCCAACCUGCAGGCGCAGACAGACCGCACCGGGGAGAUGGCUCUGCACCUGGCAGCCCGCUACUCCCGAGCCGACGCUGCCAAGCGGCUCCUGGAUGCCGGGGCGGAUGCCAAUGCUCGAGACAACAUGGGACGGACCCCUCUGCACGCAGCCGUGGCUGCUGAUGCCCAGGGCGUCUUCCAGAUCCUGAUCCGUAACAGAGUGACAGACUUGGAUGCUCGGAUGAAUGAUGGGACGACCCCGUUAAUUCUGGCUGCACGUCUGGCUGUGGAAGGGAUGGUGGCCGAGCUCAUUAAUUGCCAGGCUGAUGUCAACGCCGUGGAUGACCACGGUAAAUCUGCUCUUCACUGGGCUGCUGCUGUCAACAAUGUGGAAGCAACACUAGUACUGCUGAAAAACGGAGCCAACAGAGACAUGCAGGAUAACAAGGAGGAGACUCCACUCUUCCUCGCUGCUCGGGAAGGCAGCUUUGAAGCCGCAAAAAUCCUGCUGGACCAUUUUGCCAACCGAGACAUCACGGACCACAUGGACCGGCUGCCCCGGGAUGUGGCCCAGGACCGGAUGCACCACGACAUCGUGCAGCUCCUCAACGAGUACAACGUGGCCCACAGCCCUGCCGGGCACCCCGGGGCCAUGCUGAACUCUGCCCUCUCCCCAGUCAUCUGUGGCCCCAACAGGUCCUUCCUCAACCUGAAACACGCGUCACUAAGCAAGAAGUCACGAAAACCGAAUGCCAAAGGCAUGCCCACCAGCCUCACCAAAGAUGCAAAGAGGAGGAGGAAGAAGUCCCUCAGCGAGGGCAAAGGGCAGUUUUCAGAGAGCUCCGUGACCCUGUCACCGGUGGAUUCCCUGGAGUCUCCCCAUGCUUUUGCAUCUGAACCAACCUCCUCUCCCGUGAUGCCGUCACCGGGGGUGCUGCACUCGUCGCCCAGCUCGCUGCUGACGGCUCCGUCGGUGCAGGCCGCGCACACCAUGUCCUUCUCCAACCUCCACGAGAUGCAGCCCCUGGGCCGUGGCUCCAGCACGGUGCUGCCGUCCGUCAGCCAGCUGCUGUCGCAGCACAGAACCACCCCUCCCAACAGCGGGCUCGGCAGGCUGCGGCCCGGCAACGUCUCCACCGAGUGGAUGAACCGCAUGGAGGUGAACGAGUCCCAGUACAACGAGAUGUUUGGCAUGGUGCCCCAGGUGAUGCAUUCCCACCCCAGCGUUUCUCAGCAGAGCGGCUUGGUUCAAGCAGAUGCGAAGCACCUGGGGGUGUCCAGGGAGUCUCUGCCCCCCAUCAUGACUUUCCAGCUGGUUCCCAAGGGCAGCAUAAACCAGCAAGCACUGCCACAGCAGGCCCAACCAAACUGCGCUCAGAACAUGGCCGGCCCUCUUAGCUCCAUGUACCAGAUCCCAGAUCUAGCCCAGCUGCCCAGCGCCUCGUUCUCCAUGGCUGCCAUCCCUCAGCAGGACGGGCAGGUGGCUCAGACGGUCCUCCCGGCCUACCACCAGUUCCAGAGCUCGAUGGGGAAGUACCCCACGCCUCCCUCCCAGCACAGCUGCUACUCCUCGGCCACAGAACGGACUCCUAGCCACAACCGGCACUUACAAGGGGAGCACCCGUACCUGACUCCGUCGCCCGAAUCUCCGGACCAGUGGUCGAGCUCUUCCCCACACUCUGCCUCCGACUGGUCUGACGUGGCAACCAGUCCCAGUAACAACCAGCGCGGGCCAGCGGCCGCCCACAUGACGGAGCAGCAGCGGAACAACAUGCAGGUGUACGCCUGAAGGCUGCCCACGGUGCAGCCCCACUAAAGCGGACUCCAGAACUCAUGAAGGUCUUCCAGGAUGGAAAUGAAGAACCAUCUUAGUAUCCAAGAGUCUUAAUGAGCCCAGGAUGUUCUUUCGUUGGAGGGACUGUGGUCGCUGUAGACUUGCAUGCUUUCAUGCUAAAUGGAGAACUGUAGAAGCUGGUGAUGGAGAAGACCCAGCUGGGUCGCUUCUGACCAACUGGACGUGACUGCUGUCUGCACUGGAUUCUCCAGUCUGCUUUUUAACACGUUCCACCGUUGUUUUGGGGAGACAGCUCUUCAGCUUAAUACAUCUUGUGGUCAUUUCUCCAGAAAUUUAGCCAAAACCAGCUUUGUAUCCUUAUUUUGUUACUCCUCCUGUUACCCACGUAACCUCUCUCUGAAGCACCUUCUACUAGUUCUCCUCGAGUUCAAGUUGCCUUGUCUUGACACAGCUCAGAGCUGCACCCCACAUUCCUAGCCCCCCUCCUUCCCCCGUCCACUCUUGCCCAGCAAGCGAGACAGACCUCCCAAAACACCUGCAGGUCAAGUGACGCCUCCUGUCACGCAGCUUCACCCUUUCCUCUUCAGGAGUCUUCGCCUUAUAGAGACCCACUAACACCCUUUAGUGUUCUCACUGCCUGCUCCCCAGGUAUUAUGAGAUUAUAUAUACAUAUAGUCUUUUUAGGUCGUUUGUUUUGUUAUUUUCCCUCCCAAAAACGCUGGUCUGGCCUGGUCUUCCCCCCACAGUGGCCCGUGCGCCCAUCUCUUCCUCGAGACACCCCUGACCAUUUUGACACACUACCCUCCCCGUGCCCCCAUCCUGCCAGGAGUGUCCACGACUGCCUCCGUGGGCUCCCAGGCCAGAAAAGAUGCACUGCAACUGAUACAGGCCUUUUGGGAUGAGCACGAGUGUUUCAAAAACUGGUAACACAAGCUCCCGGUGUUCUUGCACAGUAGUCCCCUCCCCUCCAUCCAAGGGUGGCUGUGUGUCCUGUCCUCCAGAUACCAUAUGCUGCCUCUUUAUGGUGUUAUCAACAAGUGCCAAACAUGUGGUUACAUGUUUGCGGUGUGUGUCCUUCUGCGUCAGGAACGACAUCCAGCCCUUCGAAGAGUGUCCCUUUUGCUGCAGCCCUGGGUCACAGCUGCCUCGUCUUGCCCUGGCAGCGCACGGCGGCCGCGGCACUGACUGCCCAGCAGGCCUCCGGCAGCACGAGCGGCGUGCCGGGAGCUGGGCUGUGGCAGCAGACCAAACAGCUCAGAAUCCCUUGCCUCCUGCAGCUGGGUGCACGGCUUUGGGGCUGUCCUCUGCUCUCAGCUUCAGCCCGAGUGGAGACCUCCGAGCCGAGGUGGCUCGUGUGCUCUGUGGGACAGUAGGGCCGCUCGUGGUGCGGCUGCCCCCAUCGUUCUGGAGCUGUGGAAGCCAGCUGUCACUGACCUUAGGCAAACAGCCGCUCUUUCCGCUGUGUCCACAAGAGCAGCGCUUCUCUGAAGGGCCCCAGACCAGCCAGCAGCCGAAGUGAACAUUGUGGGGAUGGUUUGCUCCUACCUCUUCAGGGGAGUGCUGCAGACACGUCUUCCAAAGAGCUCGGGGUGCCGGCUGCUGCCAAAGGACCGAGGGCCGCUCCCCUGCGAGCAGCCCAUCCAUCCAACACCCUACCGUGUACAGUAUUGUCUCUGGUGUUCCUUUCCAUUCUAAUCAAGAGUCAAAGUUGCUUUGCUUUUUUUUUUGUUGUUGUUGUUGUUGUUUUCCAAUUCCACUCAAUGGUACAUGAAGGCAGGGCCUCAGGAGGAGCUGGUUCCCGGGGCCGUCGCUUUGGGCUGAAGUUUUUAGUUGUGUGUUGUGAAGCUGCCGCUUCUCACGGCGCACACAGCGUUCCCGGCCCGCCGGCUGCAGCGUGGCCGCGGGAGUGCAGCUGACUCAGACCUCCAGGGGGUCUGUCCAGGUACACCUUUCACUGCAAAUAAUGAAGUGUUGCUACAUCGAUGCUAAAGAAACAAAGGGCUUUUGCUCGUUAGCUCCAAAUAACCAAGUGCCUUUUUAUAUAUGUGGCCACCUUUUAAAAGAAGAUGAGUGCUUUUUGUGGAAUGAAGCCAGUUCCGUGCCUGGCUGUUAAUACGAUGGCCCUCUGCCUUUCUUCUCUAUUUUUUUUUAACUACUUGUAAAGAUAAUAUCUCCUUAAGGUGGUAUUUUAUCUCGUAAGUUUUAGAGUAACCAUUCACACAGCAGCAUUUUCCUAUAUUAAUAAUGGAAAAUAUUUGCUUAUUUUUACAUUUUUUAUAAAAGUCUUUUAUGAAAAUAGUUGCUGCCAAAUGUAUAAGCAAUUUUUAUCCCCAGAAUAAAAAGUAUGUGCCCAG